GGUAGCAGCAGCAAAGCGCUUUGGGUGAGCGCUGCUCUGGGCGGUCAGCUCCACCGCGGCUCAUCACUUUUUGUAUAUCAGGAGAUCAAAAACACUAAAAUCAGUGCCGGUUUGAAAACAAGCGGAGGUUCGGGCUGAACUUGGGGGGCUUUGAGAGGCACUUGCCAUCUUCGGCUUGGAAAAAAAGGGGGAAAUUUAGUCACGUUUUCAAGAUGGCAGACACUGAAGAAGUUUCCUCCACAACUCCUAACGAAGUGCAAGAGGAGUCGGCAAUGGGGGACUUGAAGGGGAGCUCGAAUGAGGCCGUCGCUAAAGAGGACACCGUAAGUUUCGCUGGGGGUGAGCAAGAUGAGACUGAGGUAAACGAGGUAAAGAAGGGUGUGGAGACACAAGCCGGGGAUGAGUUGCCUUCUCCCGGGGUAACAGACGCAGCAGCAGGAGCAGUUUUAGCCUCGGCACUGGAGCCAGAGCCGCUGGUGACGAGCACGGUGGAGGAACCACUGAAAAAAGAGGAGCAGCAGCAGCAGCAGGAGGAGGAGGAGGAGGAGGAGGUGGUAGUCGCGCAGACUGCAGACAAAGCCGAGACUGAGCUGCCGGAAAAAUUUGAUUUGAUUUCUCAUUCCGAGCCCAGGGAAGUGAAGGAAAGCGUCCAGACAGAGGAGCAGCAGGUUGCAGUAGAAGCCGCGGCAGCAGCGCCGGUGCAGGAGGUCACGGCACCAGAAGCCGAAGAAGCCCCGAAAGCGCCUCCGGCUGACGAGAAGGAGGCGAUACCCAAGCAGCCCGAGCAGGAGGAGGCUGUUACCGCAGUGCCCGAGCCUGUUGCAGAGCCGGCAGCAGCUGUUACUCCCACUGUAGAGCCCGAUGAGGUAUUAAAAUCGCCCGUAGAGGAGGCAGAGGUGAUACAAAAGCAGGAGGACUUUUUCAUUAGCGCGGCUGCUCCAGCGCCGGUUGUCAAAGCGGAGGAGACGUUCAAAUCUGCCGAAGUGGAGGAGGAACCGACUCCGGCAGCCCCUGCACCACCAUCAUCACAUGAACCCAGUCUUCCAGCCCCUGCUGCUGCCCCUGCUGCUCCAUUUCCGCCUCUGAUGCAAUUUACUUCAGAGAACGGAAAAGGCUUCAUAGCUUCACAGGACGUUAAGAAGAUAACCAUGGAUUCGUUCGGCAACGAUUCACCCUCUAGGAACGCACCUAGAUACGAGCCAGAUGUGCUGAACCAAUCAGACGAUGACUUAAUGUAUGAUAUGAAAAAAAGUCCCUUUCAAGGUUUCUCGCCCGUUGACAACCCUGUCAGCGAGUUCUCUCAUUUCGGAGAAACUACAGCAGACGCGAGAGCAGCACAGAUGUCAGAUAGUCCGUCCCCAGACCUGGUCCAGAACGCUCACGAUGGAGAGCUGCAGGAUGAUGUACAGGACUAUGAGCCAUCUUUUGAUUCCAGGGAAGCAGCCACUGAAUCACUAAGGCAACAGCUUGCUUCCUCUGACAUUUUUACAACUUCAUCUAAGGAGCAUGAGGAGUCUGGUUUGCCACCCUCUCUCCCUGACAUUUUGAAAUCUUCACCACUCAACCCAGACAAAGUAGAUUCAGGAUCGUCUGAGGGAAGCCCCGAUUUUAGUCCAGUCCAUAGAAGUGGGAAUGAUUCGCCAAAUGCCCCUUUUUCCCUGUCGGCAAACAAUCCGUUUGCUUUUGAAAACAAGGUUCCUUUGCUUAAGGAGAUGACUGAGGAGACUGAGGCAAGGGCUGCCGCCGCCGCUGAGAAGGCUAAAAUAGAAGCAGAAAAGGCUUCAGAACAAAUAUUUGGCGCAUUUGACCUUGUUAAGGAGGCAGAGAUCUCACCAAAGGGCAACGAAAUUAUAGUUGAAGACCAAGAUGAUUUCAAGAGUUCAAGUCAAGAUUCUGUUCAGAUGGUUGACAAAUUUGAAUGUCUUAGCUUCCCAACUGGAAAGUCCCAGGAACACUUUGAUUCUGAAAGUCCCUCUGCAGAUUCACUCUCUCCAGUAUUGGAGGCCAUGGUGAAAAACCCAGCAAGUUUCCAGAUUGAACCUGACAAGAAUCUUGUCAAGGAAGAGGUCGAAGAGGCCGCUGAUGAGGUUUCUGAGCAAGAAGUGUCAUCUGAAGAGUUUGAGUUUGUUGAGAAGCCGCCUCGAGGCGCCAUCGAUGAGUUUCUGGAAACAUUAGACAACUCCAAGUUCGCCAAGGCAUCAGAAAUGGCUGAAGAUGAUGAGGAUGUGGUGCCAGAACUGCCAGAGCAGGUGGUAGAGAACACGGCAGAUGCAAGCUCUGCAGCGAAAGAAACAAAAAGUUCUUACCUUCUGCUCACCGAACCCUUAGAUGGGGCCUCUCCAGCGAGAGGUAAGGCUGGCCUUGAAUUAUCAGAUUUCCAAGUGCCCUCCAAGGCUCCGUUGGCCCACUCCCCAGUGGUCACAACCGAGACGACGGCCACGAAGAAAGUGGAACCUAAAGCCAUCAAGCUGCCUAGCCUGAGUGCAGGAGCAGUGGUGGACCUCCUGUACUGGCGUGAUGUGAAGAACACAGGGGUUGUUUUUGGAGCCAGCCUUUUGCUCCUGCUGUCCCUCAGCAUGUGCAGCAUCAUCAGUGUUCUCUCUUAUGUUGCCCUGGCCCUCCUUUCUGUCACCAUCACGUUCAGGAUAUACAAGGGCAUCCUACAGGCCAUUCAGAAGUCUGAUGAAGGGCACCCGUUCAAGCAGUAUCUGGACCAGGAUGUUGCUUUGCCUGCAGAGGUGGUCCAUAAAUACAGCGACCUAGCCCUCGGGCGGAUCAAUACCACCAUUAUCGAGCUGCGUCGCCUGUUCCUGGUUGAGGACUUGGUCGAUUCUCUCAAGUUUGCUGUGUUCAUGUGGAUUCUGACAUACGUCGGUGCCUUGUUCAAUGGACUCACCCUUCUCAUUCUGGGUCUGAUCAGUGCUUUCAGUUGCCCUAUGCUCUAUGAAAAACAUCAGACGCAAAUCGACCACUACGUUGGCCUGGUAAACAGCCAGAUCAAAGACAUAGUUGGAAAGAUCCAGGCGAAAAUGCCUGGUGCAAAGAAGAAGGCUGAGUGAACAGUGAAGGGCCGUCAUGCUGAAAGGAGUCUGUCACGUUUCGGCUGGUGGGGUUGCUCUGAGGAUCAUGGUGUGGUGCCCUCCUCUACACUGUUAUUUUCAUACAUCUCUUUCUCCUACUGAAACCCUCACACCCUGUGGAAAAAACAUGCUUUUUGAGUCCUUUUUCCCCCCUUGUCUUUCCUUCCUUUCCCCAAAAGGUCAUCGAUGAAGUUGUAAACCAUUUGAGCCACUACGUUUUGUUUUUUUCUUUUUCUUGAGACACUGACUGCUAUAAAUGAGCGAAUAACAUCUUUACUCUGAGUGUCGCACACUUCUAAGCAAGAUAUAGUAUUCCAUUAACUGGUUUUGUUAUUUUCUAAAUCCCCGUGUAUUUCAGAAAUAAUUUAAAUGUCUUUUUUGUUUUGUUUUUUAAUGAAGGAGUGUUCGAUGGUACCAUUUUUUUUGGGCAAAAAAUCUCGGUAUCUGUCCAUUUUUGGUAUGAUUUAGUGUUACUGUGAUUGUACCGUUUUAUUGAUUAACUGUGUAGACUUUCACAAAGCUUCUCGCUCUUUAAAGUGGCUCUUGUGUUAAAAUACUAGCAAAGAGUUGCUCCAUAGCACUUCAUGCUUCUGAGUAUUUCUAGGCAAAUAGAAUCUUGCAAGAUUAAGAGCAUAUAUCGAGACGUCAUUUCACCUCAUUGCAGCUAUAUCGUGAAAUCUCUGGAAGAACACGUUUACAGACGUUGACUUAAAAAUAAAUAUUUAAAGUUGUUUAUCUGUGGACCCAAUACCUACAGCUGCAAAAUUAUGUAACAUGAAAACUUAAAGCAUUGUUUGUUAUGCAAGUAAUUGUGAAUGAUACUUCAUACAGUUGUGGUGAACUCAGUGGAAUGCAUUGUGAAAUGUAAACAAGCACCAAUAAAGCUUCUAGACGAA